AUGGCCUCGCUUGAGAACAACGCUGAAGCGAUCCAGCUCAACGGCUCCGGUUCACCACUCCAUCAGCAAGAAGAGAAGAACGUUGAAAAUGUUGGCAUUCCCAGCAGCGACUUCAAGCGCCAUGGCGACGAGGAGUCAUCGCAAAAUGGCCCUGCGGCGAAGCGGGCGCGCAUCGGCGAUGUUGAUGACCAGCCAUUCCUGAUCAACGAAGACUUCGAGGUGGAGGAAAUUCCGCCGCCUGCUUUUGUCGGCCAAGCGGAUGCCUUCGACUACGGCAAUAACGGGCAGUCAAAGACGCAGUCCAACAGUCAAAUUGAAGCCCAGUUGGAAUCGGAGUACAAGGCCGACUUUGUUGACCUUUUAGGUGACGAUGAGAUUACACUCAUCCAAUUUCCCAAGCCGGAAACCAAACCCGCCCAGACAAAGAACCACGCCGCUCAGGAGAGCACCGGCGAUGACGAUGUGGUCGUGAUAAUCGAUAGCCCAGUGGUGAACCAUGUGGCUCCGAGCCUCGUCAGCCAGACUGUGGAAAGCAUACAGCCUGCCCAAGACUUUGCAGCUUCCAACCAGGAAACCCUAAACUACGCCAUGGCAAAGGACGCCCUAGGAGCCCUGGCGGACUGCACCGCUAUCCGCUCCGUGCUCUCAAAGGCCCCCAACAUCGUACACCCGAACUCAUGGGAAAAGGCCCUGGACAUCCUCACCAAGGUGCCGCCCGCCAGGGAUGACUAUGACAUCUUCAAGCGCCUGCUGUUCACCUGGUACACGGACCGGUCAGACCCGACAAAAGAGGCCGAGGAUGAGAAUCCAGGCGAGGAGGUUGCGGCGGCGGCGGCGGAGGAGGAGGGGGAGGAGGCCGAGCCCGAGGAGGACUUGGCCGACAAGGUCUUCGAGCCGUACCUGGCUGUAGUCAAGCAGCUGAUGGAGCAGGUAGAGAAGUCAAAGAGCGAGAUGCGGGCGGACACAAAGUUUGCUGCCGUGAACGAGGACACACAAUUCUUGAAGAAGCUAGCGGACAAGCUGCAUGAUCUCCGGAUUCGGCUCUUGUCUUCUAUGGACGAGAAGACUCUGAAAUUCUCGCGCGCGGUCAUUGCCGACGAAUUGCAAGAAGAGAUUGAACAGGUUCUCGACCACCUCGACUACAAGAAGCAAAGGGACGCUGAGGCUGAGGCAGAAGCGGCUGCGGCUGUUGCCAUUUCCGAAACUGCCAACAAGCAGCGCGCGGGAUCUUCUGAGCCCGCUGCCAAUCAAUCAGAUCUGGAGAUUUCAUUGAUUGAAGUAAACCAAGAGCAGGAUCAGGAAGAUGGCGUCGACUUCGGUGGUGCUACCGGUGACGAUGUCCAUCGUCCGAACCAAGGCUCACCAGCCGAUAACACUACCACGUCACCACGCCGCGAGCGGGAGACGGAGACCCCUCAUCGCUAUUAG